AUGUCUGAUACAAUUACUUUCACGAUAAAAAAAAACGGAUACAUUCUCCGUCGGGAAGUAUUCAUAAAAAGGCCCACCGAAAACCAAAUACGUGAAUCAGGUUUGGUUCAAGAAGGAAACCGCAAUCCGGGAAAAGUAUUCGAACAACUAAUAACGGGGGCUGUGAGAGAUCUUGGAAAAGCAGCAAUCGACGCUUUAUGGCGUGACCCAAAAAUCAAAGCCGAAUUCAAGCGUAUUGUGGAAGAAGCUUUAAAAGAUAAGGGGGAACUCCGUAUUGUUCAUGACAAAUUGAACCAUAGUUCAGAAACAGAUCACAACCAACAACUACGUGACAGUUACCCGCCCCUUCCUGGCAGACAGAACACGACCCAAGUUGGCUACCCUCAAGUUACUUCCGAACAGGUACACAGCGAAUGGCAUAUUAAUAUGCCCGGAGAAGUCACGGACCACCACUUCUAUCAUAACGGUAUCAUACCUGAAGUUUACUCGCCUGCCGGACAGAAUACGGUAGCCCAAGCGUGCUACCAUCAAUUUACAUCCGAACAUGAUAUUAAUAUGGACGCAAAUGGCAUGGGGUUCUAUAAUUACGGCGGUGCAUUUCACGAAGUCGUUCCUGACGCGGUAACCCAAGUAGCCCACCCGCAAGUUACUUCCGAACAGGAUAUUAAUAUGGACGUAGAUGACGAAUGGCCUAUGCCCAUGGAUGCAAAUGGCAUGCGGUUCUAUAAUUACGGCGGUGCAUUUAACGAAGUCGUUCCUGACAUGGUAGCCCAAGCUUGCCAUCAAUUUACAUCCGAACAGGAUAUUAAUAUGGACGGAGGUGACGAAUGGCUUGUGCCAGUGGACGCAAAUGGCAUGGGUUUCUAUAAUUACGGCGGUGCAUUUAACGAAGUCGUUCCUGACAUGGUAGCCCAAGCUUGCCAUCAAUUUACAUUAGAACAGGGUAUUAAUAUGGGUAAAUUUUAG